GCUUUUUACUUAGAAACAUAUAGACAUGAAUGAAUCAAGAAGAAUCAGACUGGGUUUCUCAUUCUUAUUCUUCAUCAUCAUCAUCUUGAUCAUUUCACCAGUAUCUUCAGAUGAUGGUGUUGCCAGGAAAGAAGAGAAUCCGUCGCUUUUAAAGAUCAUAAGUGGGAUUUUUGGCAAGAAAUUUCCACCGAGCUCUUGGGAAUUGAUUCAAGGUGCAAUGCAGAAGAUCCAGAUGAAGCUUUACCCUCCAAAUCUAGAUUUCAGAAGCAACAGCGACAAGAACAACGGAGAAGAAGGAGAAGAGAAAGGAGAGAAAGUGAAAGAGGCGGCGACAAGGAGCCUUGAAGCAAGCAAAGAAGCCAUUGAAGAGUCUGCAAAACUAGCAGGAGGUGUUGUAGGGGAAGUAGUUCACAAAACAGCUGAGAAAGUCACCAAACAAACCUCACAUGAUGAAAUGUAA